AUGAACAACAAGGAAUUCUCCUUGGUGGAGCUGUGUGCACAGACAGUGGCAUGGAAUCUUCCAUUUGAACUAGUGGAGCGGUUCCAUCCUCCAGUGCCUGAACCCCUCCAGCUAUGCAUUGCAUUCUGGAGCUUCCCAUUAAAUGAAGAUGACAUCAGGCUCUACUCCUGCCUUGCUAAUGGCAAUCCUGAGGAGUUUUCCAAUGGUGAAUCCUUGUACAAGACCAAGACUGUGCAGGGCACUCUCCAGAUCGGCUUCCAUUUGAGUGCAACUGUUGUGGUAUCCAAUCCUGCACUGCCAGGGAAAGGUCAGUUUAAUGUGGCCAUCACAUUUGAUAGAAGACGUAUCACAUCAUGCAACUGCACUUGUGCCAGUGCUGCAUCAUGGUGUCGACACAUUGUUUCUGUCUGCCUUCAUCGUAUCCAUGAGGUGGCCAAAUUUUUAUAUUAUUAUUCAGGUACCAAUGAAAUUAAUAUCCUUCUGAAGCCACGAAGUGUCAAACUCCGAGCUCCUGUGAGCGAAUCCUUGAGUCGGCUGCACAGGGACCAGCUCCAGAAGUUUGCUCAGUAUCUCAUUAGUGAGCUGCCACAGCAAAUUCUGCCUACAGCACAGCGGCUCCUCGAUGAUCUCCUCUCUCCAUCAUCAUCUUCUAUCAAUAAUGUUUGUGGAGCUCCUGAUCCAACAGCUGGAGCUUCAGCGGGUGAGCAGACAGCCUGGUGUUUAGAUGAGGCCACUUUACAUGAAAACAUUCGUAGAAUACUCAACAAGUUCUGUGUCCCCUCGCCUAUUGUCUUCAGGUGGAGCCUGUUCUGCAAUUUCCUCUAUCCUACUCUGACUGCUGAUGUUUAUCAGCUAACAACAAAUGCACCACCUGCUGCAGCUGAGUGGUCAAGCCUCUUGAGACCGCUUAGGGGGCGAGAGCCUGAGGGCAUGUGGAAUCUCUUAUCCAUUGUGCGGGAGAUGUUUCGUCGACAUGAUGGCAACGCCAUCCCUUUACUUCAGAUUCUGACUGAGGAAUGCCUCCUUUGUGAUCAGAUUCUAGUAUGGUGGUUCAACACAAAAGUAGCCCUUCAUGUUGGUGCCAGUGGGUUUGGUGGAAAGCAGAAUGUGAAUAGCAAUAGCCAUGCAUCUCAGCAUGCAUGCAGCAGCCUUUGCGAUGAGAUUGUGCAACUAUGGCGUCUGGCUGCCCUCAAUCCAGCCCUUUCCCCUGAGGAACGACGUGUUCUGAAAAAUAAGUUUAUUCAGUGGCACUUGAAUGUGGUCCAUAAUGCACAAAAAAACCGACCAACUGGUAACUCCAAGGGUGGGGGUGGUGGAGGUGUGCAUGGUCCCAAUCCAGAUGCAUUCAGUGGGUUCAAGCCUGCCAUUGAGGCUUGUUUCCUUGAUUGGAUAGACUAUCCAAUUCCAUCAGUGACUUACUCAGACAAGAAUGCUGUGUUUGAGUGUUGUGUAUCAUCAUUGGUUCGCCCAGAUGCACAUAGCCCAUCAACUUGUCCUGCUCAUGUGCCUAGGACUAGUGGAAGUGUGAGCAGUGAGGGUUUUUGUGAUUCUCAGCACCAGCCUGGAUCAAGUAGUGAUGAGUGCGAUUUGGAAUCCACUAGGGAUGAUGAUCAGCCAGCAAGAGUCCAACUGCAAGACUGUGAUGAGAAUUGGGACGGUUCAAAUGCAGCAACUGCAAAUGCAGGCAUAGACCGCCCUGUAGUUGAUGAGUACCAGGUGUACUACUAUGAUCCCAAACUUAGACUGUCUGACUGUGAUAAAACAAAGGGAAAGGCAGACGAUGAGAAGCUGACUCUUUCGGCAUGUGAGUCCCUCCUGGCAACUCUUAGAUGCAUGGAAGAUCCAUUGGAGAUCUUAUUUGCAAGGGCAGAGGCUCUUCAUGCUCAUGGCCAUUCAAGAGAGGCUUGUACUCUGGCUGUCAAGUUAGCUCAUGAGCUGUUGGCUCAUCCUCCUGAGCUCAUGAUUGACAUCCCACCCCCUCCCAAGAACAAGAGACGACGGAAUCGGAUCAAUCCAGCAUCUCAUCAUGUGAGUUGUCUUGCAUCAGCUACAUUGGCUAAGGCAGCUUUUCUGUGCACUGUACUGUCUGAGCAUUCUGAGUGCUUCAAUCUGGCCUUCCGUGUUGGACUGUAUGGCCUGGAGAUGUGUCGUCCCCCAGCCUCCACCAAGACUUUGGAGGUGAAGCUUGCCAACCAGGAACUAGACCUUGUUGCCCUCCUGAAGAAGAUCCCUCUUGGUAUUUUCUUUCCCAGCAUGAAUAGUCUUAUCCAGGUAGGUUUCUGGUGUAAUGGAGAUUGUAUUCAAUUUUUGUUAGGUCCUGAUGAAUUAGAGAUCAUCAGGUCAAGAGCUGAGGCAUUGCGAAAUGGGAGCUUACGCUCCCGAGGUGAAGCACUCCUUCCCCUCAACUUGGCCAGCUAUAUAUUUGAUGCACUGGUGUUAUCAAGUAAGGUUUUGCAUAGAAAUACCUCCUGCUACUACUAUCCAGAUGUUGAUCUUACUUUGACUGGGCGAGGGACACUCAGUCAGAGUGCAUAUAGUCUCCCUACUGAUGAAAGCCUGGCAUUUGAUGCUGCUGUGUCAGCACUAGGACUGAAGGCCAAUGUCUCUGAAGCAGACCAUCCCCUUCUAUGUGAAGGAACUCGCAAGCAAAGGCAUGAUUUGGCCAUCACACUCCUAUUCCACUACAAGGAUGACCGAGAGAAGCUUGCACGCAUCAUGGAUCGUCUCUUGGACCGAGAGGUUCAUCCCAUGUACAAGGGAGGAUCUCAUGCUUCUCUCAGCUCCUGCUAUCCCAAUACACCAUCUUCAUUGUCAACAUCAGCACCACCUGUAAGCAUGAUGCCAUCCAGGAUUCCAUCUGCAUCUUCUUCGCCUCCCUCCCCUGCUACCUCCUCAUCAGCUAUUAUGAAUCAUCCAUCUACCUCAUCUGGCUCCAAUGCUAUUGCUGGAUCAAGCAGCCAUCACACGUCAGGGCAAGGUAUUGAUCCAGGAGGAGUUGCAGAGCAUUACAUUCGAAACCUUAUGCUUGAAGAAGAUGAACCAAAUCGUGAAGAGGAGGACAAUCACAGCAAUUCUCGGGUGCAAGCACAGACCCGAUCAACUCACUCACAUUUGCGAUCCCGGGAUCCAAGAAGGUACAGCAGCCGAGACCGAGAAGACACCAGCAGUCCAACCUGGGAAGAAGACUAUAAGGUUUGGGAGGCCAAAUUCCGCUGCACCAAUCUCAGGAGCAAUAAGAAGAGUAGCGCAUCCAAUCUUUAUGUUGUGAUGAGCAAGCCUCACACUGGGCAGCCUGAGGCAGCUGUGACUGAAGAGAACACUGCCAAGGAUGAUCUUGAAAGUUCUAUGGCAAGCAUUGACAGCAGUGCCCCUGAAACCACUUCCUCUGACAACUCUCCUACCCUAAUCCGCAGGGCUUGGAUGAAAUCUGGCCCUGGGUCAGAUUCUGGUUCAAGUGGCUCCAGUUCUGAUGGUCUUGGGAGUUCAUCAGAUGGAGGUGGCCCAACAACUUCCCUAGUGAAGCGAGGUGUAGCAUGUGCAUCUGCAUCGACUGAGGCCAUAUCUCUUGCUGCUCGGGCAACAGUCAGUCUUGUCUCAUGUGUGCCAGGCAAUGGGCUAUGUCUAGUUAGACCUCAGGAGAAUCUGUCUCCACCAAUUGGAGCCACAUCAUCUCCUGGGUAUGCAAUUUCCAUGGGUUCAACCACUCCACUCAGUCCCAUGGAUGUCAACAUCUCCAGAUCUGCUGCACUUUCAUGUGCCAAAACCAACAGGUUCAAGGGGAAGCGGGUUUAUCCUACAGUUCCAAAUCAGCCUUCUGAGGCUGGAGCACAUUCCAUGUUUGAAAUGGCCAAGGCAGUUCUCCAGAAGGCAGGAGGAAGCAGUACUACAUCUCUCUUCACUGAGCCAUCGGCAUCACAAAAUCCCCGAGGGCCACACCGUGCUCUCCACAUGUGUGCAUUUCAAAUUGGACUCUAUGCACUGGGCCUCCACAAUUGUGUGUCUCCAAAUUGGCUUUCCCGCACUUACUCAUCACAUGUAUCUUGGAUUGCUGGGCAAGCUUUGGAGAUAGGAGCACCAGCCAUCAACUUCCUCAUGGGGACAUGGGAGGGACACCUAACCCCACCAGAGGUAGCAAACUUGGCCGAUCGAGCAUCUCGAUCCCGUGAUGCCACCAUGGUGCGAGCUGCUGCUGAGCUUGCUCUCUCCUGUCUUCCUCAUGCUCAUGCACUUAAUCCAAGUGAAAUCCAGCGUGCCAUCAUCCAGUGCAAAGAACAGAGUGAGGCCUUGCUGGAGCAAGCCUGUCUUGCUGUGGAGGGUGCAGCCAAGGGUGGAGGUGUAGCACCUGAGGUACUCUUUGGUGUGGCCCACUGUUGGUAUGACCUCUACCUGCAUCACAGUGAUCAAUUGGAUGAUGGAGACAUGGCACACCCAAUUCUGGAAGGAGUUCAGAUGGAACUUCCUCCACCACCACCUCCCCCACUUCCACUGGGACCUCCUAUAACUGUGACAGCAUCCUGCAAUUCCACCCCAACCAUCUCCACUGCCUCAGCCUAUCCGUUUCCUAUUGGCUUGGCAACAUACCCCUAUCCCAGCCUCACAUAUCUCCCCUCGUUUCAUGGCCAGAUCUACAUGGCUCCUCAUAAUUUUGCUCCACAGUUCCAACCACCCCUCCCUCCUCAGAUAUUGGCUGCACCUCCAUUCUGCCCUCCAGCUGUCACUCUGGCAAGUCUUCGUGCUCCACCCUCUCCUGCAGUUCUUCUGGCUCCUGGUGCAGGACAUCUGCUCCGGGGUCCUCCUCCUCAGACUCCAGCACUGUCCAUGGCUCCUAAUAAUUCCAUGCCCCCUCCUAUUACAUCUGCUCAGGCAGGAUCUGUUCCUCCACAUCAUUAUCAGAAUCGUGGGGCUCUGCAACCAUCAACUCAAGUGACCCAGCAGCAGCUGAACUACCUACUCUCAGCAUAUCGAGUGGGAAUGCUGGCUAUGGAGACAUUAGCCCGAAAGGUUCAUGAUGACCGACCUCAAGCCAAAUAUGCCCGCAAUCCUCCAUAUGGGGAAGAUGUCAAAUGGCUUCUUGGUAAGCAGAUUUCCUCUGCCUUUAAAGAAAAGCAUGCAACAUGCCAUAGAGCUGAAUCUGUUACUCCACAUCACCAUCUAGUCCAGUCCAGUCCAGUCCAGUCCAGUCAAGGGGUGGCCAAGCGACUUGGAACAGUCCAUUUGCACCAAUUCUGCUAUUGUGCUGUGAAUUCAGUCGUGAGCCCAUUUGUGAUUCACGACAUCACCAUUGAGGCAGCCAAGUAUUUAUCACGUGGGAAUCCAACACAUUAUCCACAGCACCUGCGCAGCCCUGUGCUCACUCCACUUGUACAAAAGUGUCAACAAAUGUUUAUCCAGUGUACACAUCAGCGUCUCUUUCACAUCUCUCCGGCUGAGUAUGAGGAAUUUGUGUCAAUCCUAUGCACAGCACGCAGUGCAUUCCAGCUUACACCAGGUGGCAUUGUCCAGUUCAAUGAGCUCCUCCAGAGUCUCCGUCGGUCAAAAUCUUGCAAAAAAGACUUGUGGCAACGCAUCACCACUGUCUUGCAGCAGUCCUCCCCUGUAUGACCCUGGGCAUUCUUCUAGGUCUCCUCACUUUUUUUUUGGCCAGGAUGCCUAGCAUAAUUUCUGUCUAUGAAGUUUAUUUGACGUUCGAUCUCCAACCUAUGGUUUUUCACUCAAUUUAGCAAAUAUAAAUUCUUGUCUCUUUUUCUUUCAAAGACGUUUCUCUUUAGCUGCUUCAAUUUAUUUAUUAACAAAGUUGAGAUGUUGGAAACGAUGCUGCUAUGCACUCUUGGGGCUAUAGCCAUCGUGUUUUCUCAGGGUUCCAACGGUGGAGACAAAAUGGUUCCCCGUUGACAUGUGCAUUGUUGGUCUUUAUCCGUUGCACUCAUGCCACGGUUCUCCUGCAAUUUGGUCUCAGCAUUGUAUCAUAGAACAAUUGCCUCAGUGGGCAAGAAACAUUUCCUCCUCUUCUCACAAGGGCUCUUCAUGCAUAGACCGUACAUGUCAUGUAUCAAUGAGAGUAGGACAUCACUACGUCGAUCUCUUUUUUGUGCGAGUGUCAGUUUUCUGCGUAGUGUUAAGCUGACCCAUUUACCUCAAGGUUCAUGAUAUGCAAGAUUCACAAGGUAUGCUAGGAUUACUUCUUUGUCUGUUCAUAUUGUCUAUUUUUCAAACAUACUAUUUUCUUGUAUUAAUUUCAGUUUUGUUUUUUCUUUGAGUGGUUUGGAGUUUUUCCCUCCCAGGUUGAAUGUACUUCAGGUACAAGUUUGACAUAGUUUCAGUGUUGGUUUUUCUGGUUUGCCCGGCUAAAUGAACCAGACUAAACAAGCUCAGUUAAUCUUGAAAUGAAGUUUACAAGAUAGUCCCUGCUUCUUGGAUGUAUCUGUGUUCUGUCUCCAUUGCUCAUAAAUUUAAUCUGUGUGUGUGAUCAAUCCUUGUUGUGAUUGCCUGCUCCUGUAAAUAUCAUCAGAGUAGAAGUCUCCCUCUCUACUCUCAUAAUUUCUGUCUGUGUGCAUGUGUGUAUAUAGGCAUACAUAUAUACAUACAUACAUAUAUAUACAUAUAUAUAUAUAUACAUACAUAAGAUGCAUUGCAGAAGGCAAGAUCAACUUCUUCCAAGAGUUCAUAAGUAGGGGUAAUUGUCUAUGCAUUCACUAAUUUGGAUAAAUGACCUGAGAUUUGCUAUUGGUUUUUUUUCUGAUACCCUGAAAGCAGUGAGAUCCUCCAUCUUUUAUUUCUCCACAGAAGUAUGAAUUCAAUACUGCAAUUGUACAUAGUGAAUUGAUCACAAAAAAAAAAUCUAUCAUAUCAUGUUUAUUCUCUGUCUGAUUCAUUUUUUUCAGCUUGAGUUAUUUCAUUUUUGGAAGAACCUAUUUUGGUUGUUCUUUACCCAUACAGGUGUCUUCAAUUUUUUUACACGUUGCUCUUCCUGUAAUCUGCCUUGUUGUGAUGUUGGUUUCCGUUGAACCUGCAAAUUCCCUCCUAUACAUGAUAAUUCAUUGCUGAUGAUGCAGAUCAUGAUGUUCCAUGAAUCCAUCAUUAUAAAGAAGUCAUGAUUCCUCCAAAA